UUUAUAUAAGCUUGGCUGAAACCUUUGCUUCCACCAUUUCUACAAUUUUUAGUUCUAUCUUGUAGCAGUCUCAAGAUCCCUAGUUAUCAUGGCUAUCUCUGAAACAGAUGUGCUGAUUAAUGGUAAGGUGGACUGGAAAGGAAGACCGGCAACAAAGAAUAAGCAUGGAGGCAUGCAUGCUGCGAUGUUCGUACUAGCAAUAUUUGCAUUCGAAAACAUGGCAAACUUGUGUCUGGGGGUGAACUUUGUGACUUAUUUUAAUGGGGUAAUGCAUUAUGACAUAGAUGAAGCAGCAAACCUUGUAACCAACUUUUUGGGCACUUGCUAUAUUCUUUCCAUCAUUAUGGCUUGUCUUGCUGAUGCCUACGUAGGACGAUUUAGAACUGUCGUUAUUGCGGCUUUUGUAGAAUGCGUGGCGCUUGCAUUGCUCACACUACAAGCACACUACCCAAAGCUCAAACCACCUCAAUGUAACAUCUUUUUGCCAACAUCAAACUGUGAGAAAGUGCAUGGAGGAAACACUGUGCUUCUAUUAGUUUCGAUCUACCUUCUGGCUUUAGGUAAUGGGGGUGUGAAAGCAGCAGUGCCAUCACAUGGAGCAGAUCAGUUUGAAGAAAAAGAUCUAAAAGAGGAGACACAGAUGUCAACUUUCUUCAAUUGGUUGUUACUAGGCCUUGCAUUGGGUGGUUCAAUUGGCCUAACUUUCUUUGUGUGGGUGCAAGACAACAAAGGCUUUGAUAGGGGAUUUGGGCUUUCGUUUAUCGCCAUGUUCUUGGGUGUAAUUAUCUUUGUUUUCGGAUUACCAUGGUAUCGUAUACAUGUUGCUCAAGGAAGCAGUGCCAUUACAGAAAUUAUACAGGUUUACGUUGCUGCUAUUAGAAAUCGAAAGCUUCGACUUCCCGAUGACCCUUCUGAACUCCAUGAGAUGCCCCUGGACAGCGAAGCUGCACUUCAUCAAGAAUUCUUACCUCACAGAGAUGUUUACAGGUGGCUAGACAAAGCAGCAAUUAGAUCUGGUAACAUUGAACAGUCUCAAAGUCCCUGGAAACUUUGUAGGGUUACACAAGUGGAAAAUGCAAAAAUCAUACUAGCAAUGGUUCCGGUUUUCUUGUGUACCAUUAUCAUGACACUUUGUUUAGCUCAACUCCAAACAUUUUCAGUUCAACAAGGAGGCACAAUGGAUAUUAAGCUAUCAAAUUCUUUUAAUAUGCCACCUGCAUCCCUCCCGAUAAUUCCUGUACUAUUCCUACUCAUUUUAAUUCCAAUCUACGACCAAAUCCUUGUCCCUUGGAUUCGUAAAUUUACCGGCAUUCCCACUGGCAUAACUCACUUACAAAGAGUAGGAGUUGGGCUUAUUCUAUCUGCAAUAUCAAUGACAAUUGCCGGUAUCGUGGAAGUAAAGAGAAAAAAUGUCGCUAAACACCACAACAUGCUAGAUGCGACCCCUGUGCUUCAACCAUUGCCCAUUAGUGUCUUCUGGUUAUCCUUCCAGUAUUUUGUUUUUGGUAUAGCUGAUAUGUUCACUUAUGUGGGACUACUUGAGUUUUUCUACUCACAAGCACCUCAAUCAAUCAAAUCUAUUUCCUCUUGCUUUCUUUGGAGCUCAAUGGCAUUUGGGUAUUACUUGAGUACUAUUACAGUGAAGAUAGUGAACCGGGCAACAAAAGGGAGCACAACAAGUGGAGGAUGGUUGGCCGGAAACAACCUAAAUCGGAAUCAUUUGGAAAAUUUUUACUGGCUUCUUGCCAUAUUGAGUUUGAUCAAUUUCACAGUGUAUCUAUUUGUUGCAAGGAAGUACAAGUACAGGCCACAAAGUCGUGAAGUUGAGGAUAAGUGAUAUGCACAUUAAGUGUGGGCUUCUAUAUCAUUCAAUAUGGGGGAAUUUACAAUAUGAGUGAAGUUAAAUAUUUCCUAAUCUAGUUAGACUUCAUAUUGUUUUUCUUCCUUUAAGUUGUAUGAUUUUCAUAUUGCAUGUACCUUUUAAGUUGAUAAAUGAUUGUGUGUUGUAAAUUGUUUGUUUA